GUAGAAUAGACAUAAACACCAAAACACCCGUCUAUGUAUGUAUCUCGUCUUGUCUUGUCUCGUCUUGCAAGAUGCAUACUACGUACAUACGACCUCUCUUUCGCAUCAUUCAAUCGCCAAUCAUCAAUCGCAUCUUCAUCUCAUCUCAACCCAUUUCCAAUCAAGCCACCACCUAGUGUCCAGCCUAACCCAUCAUCCAUACCCAUCUGACACCAAAGCCCAAUCCCCAAACCCUAAGCGCAAACCCUUCUUCCUUCCUGCACUACUCAUCUCUAACACUUCUUACUUCUUACUUACCCACGACUCACAGCACGCGCAGCGCAGCACCAUCCCCGCACCACCACUGCUGAAACGCUCGUGCCGUGCACCGCGUUAUGGCUCCCUCCCUGCCUGUCACGCGAAAAGUGAAAGCCGCGAAAGCUGCGGAAGUUGUGGAGGGGCAACGGGCGCGAACACCACAUCACAUCAACGACACAUGCAAGCAAGCAAGCCAGACGGCGAUCAAAUGAACGAAUGAACGAAUGAACGAACGAACGACAGAGCGGCACAGUAGUUAGCUAGCUAGUUAGUUACGGGUCUGGCGCGCGUGUUUCGGACAGCGGCCGUGCGUGCGUGCGUGCGUGCGUGCUGCGUGCUGCGUGCUGCAUGCUGCUGCUUACGGGGUUCGUGUGUGAGUGUGCGUUUGAGGGCGCCAGGGGGCGGGCGCGCGCGGGCGCUGUGUUCGUGGGUUGUGAGUGGUGGGUGAGGGGGGGAAAGAGGGAAGGGUAUGGGUAUGGGAUGGGAUGGGUGGGGAUCGUCAGGGCCGCGGCGCGGGUGCGUGUGAGCUGAUUG